CAAAGCCGCAACUACCAGCCGAGGGAAAUUAGUGGAACUUUGAGCUCCGGGAGGAUGCAGGUGACGUGCUGGUGCGCCGUGUUCCUCCUGACGCCUGCACUUUGUCUGGUAACAAGUGCCCACACCUCAAAGUCAGACAUUGUGAAGUCGGGAAGCCCCAAAUCCACACUAAAGCAUAUAUGGACAGAAAGCAGUAAGGAUAUGUCCAUUAGUAGGCUGCUGUCACAGACUCUACACGGCAAAGAGAACAGCACAGCCUUGGACCUUCGCUAUGACACUCCAGAGCCCUACUCUGAGCAGGACCUGUGGGACUGGCUGAGGAACUCCACAGACUUGCAGGACUCCAGGCCACGGGCUAAACGACGGCCAAUGGUCAAGACGGGAAAGUUCAAGAAGAUGUUUGGCUGGGGGGACUUCCACUCUAACAUCAAGACGGUCAAACUCAACCUGCUUAUCACCGGUAAGAUCGUGGAUCACGGCAACGGCACCUUCAGUGUCUACUUCCGCCACAACUCCACAGGCCAGGGCAACGUGUCCGUCAGCUUGGUGCCCCCGACCAAGAUAGUGGAGUUUGAUGUGGCGGCGCAGCAGUCCGUCAUCGACGCCAAGGACUCAAAGUCCUUCAACUGCCGCAUAGAGUAUGAGAAGGUGGAGAAAGGUGCCAAGAACACGCUCUGCAACUUCGACCCAUCCAAGACGUGCUACCAGGAGCAGACCCAGAGCCACGUCUCCUGGCUCUGCUCCAAACCUUUCAAAGUCAUCUGCAUCUUCAUUUCUUUCUAUAGCACCGACUACAAACUGGUGCAGAAAGUGUGCCCGGACUACAACUACCACAGUGACACUCCCUACUUCCCCUCUGGCUGACGUUCCCACACACACAUACAGAAAAGUGGCCGAGUGGAGCACAGACUGGGGCUUCUACCCAUACCAGAGAAAUGUGUAUGUUAGCCGUACUGUCCCUAAACAUGUCCAUACCAGAUUGUCAGCCAUCCCAACUUAUUUCCCAAUUUAAUGUUCCGAAUUUUGCAGAGAGAGCAGUUAUUUUUGACUGUUGGUAUAUCUGACUGUAAAAUGCUUUAAAGUUAUGUGAAAAAAUGUGAUUAUUAUGAUUAUUAUCAGUUAAAGAAUUUCCUUCCUGAAUUCUGUUUUGUCCCUGUUGAACAAUAUGUAGAUAGCAGGGCUUAUUGGUCCUUUUAGAAUUGUUAUCACUCUUAAACUCUGCCCUUUCUUGUUUGCUUCAUGUUUAGUUCACACUUCUUUUCAAACUAGAUGUUAACAACUUUGUUUUCUUCUUUUAGCAUAUUUAAUUUUCAAUGCUGUAACUCUCUGGACUACAACAUAUGGACUGUUUGCCCCUGCUGUGCUAUUUAUGCUCUGCAGUUUAUCCUGCAUAACUGGAAAACAAAAUUAACUCCUCAUUGAAAAAGAAUAAUAAUGAAAAAAAAAUGCUCAGAUGUUUCUACAAAACCUACAAGGCAGCUGAAGAGGACAGUGAAAAUUCAAACGUGAGUGAUGCUUUUAGAAAUGUAAGGUGGUCCCUACAAUCGUAGGGCUGAGCAGGCCUCUCCCUCCCCCCUCAGCCAGGAGAGAAAAUGUGUUAACGCGCUCAGAUACUGUAACGCUGUCGAUCUUCAGCU